AUGCCGCCUCGCUACUCUCGCACGACCGCCGACGUCGACCUCGACGAGGAGGCCGAGCUGCGGCGCCUCGAGAGCGGCGCGGACCCCACUCCUGACGCUCCGUGUGUGGAUCUGACCGAGCCGACGCAGGCAGUCAGCCGCCCGGCCCAGCACGACGAGGGCCUCCUAUUCGCAUGCGCGGCGUCGCACCAGCGGGCCGUGAAGCAGCCGGCCAGCCGCGGCCAGCUGCGACUCACCCAGCAGCGCCUCGAGUUUGAGCCGCACGGCGCGCCUCGCCUCGUCAUCGCGCUCGCGGCCAUCUCGGCCUUCAAGCAGUCCAAGGCGAGCGUCGGGAACGUCAUGGCCAAGAUCGUGCUCGCUUCGGGCGAGUCGCACAUCUUCACCUUCGAGGCGCUCGAGGACCGCCAGCGCCUAGCCGAGACCGCGGGGCUGAGCGCUGCCGAGGAGGCGGCUGCCGAUCGGCACCUCUCUUCGGACCCCGAGCUGCGGCGCCUGUACCAGUCGGUGGUGGGGAGCGGUGUGCUCUCCGCCGCCGACUUUUGGGCGCAGCGACGCGGGCUGCUGCGGGCGGCGAUGCAGCGCGAGGGCCUCUCGACCCGGCGGCAGCAGCCCACCGACGCGGAGAGCUCGGCCGCCACGGCCGCCGCCGCGGGGUGCGAGCAGCCGGAGGCGAACGCCGCGACGGUGGCCUUCACGCUCACGCCGGCGAUGAUCGCGCGCAUCUUUGAAAAGUACCCGAGGGUGCAGCGCUCGUUCCUCGACAAUGCCGCUGAGGCGGAGGCGCCAGACGGCCCAGAGGUGAGAGGCUGCACCUAG